ACAGCGCAGGGAGAGAGAGGGCUCGCGCGCCGGGAAGAAGCGGAGAGCUUCCCCGAUGGUGCCGCCGCCUCCUCUGAGCCGGGGAGGAGCAGCCAAGGGGCAGCUGGGCAAGAGCCUGGGGCCGCUGCUGCUACUCCUGGCGCUGGGACACACGUGGACCUACCGAGAGGAACCCGAGGACCGCGACAGAGAAGUGUGCUCGGAAAACAAGAUCACCACGACCAAAUACCCGUGUCUGAAGUCUUCGGGCGAGCUCACCACGUGCUUCAGGAAAAAAUGCUGUAAAGGAUAUAAAUUUGUUCUUGGACAGUGUAUUCCAGAAGAUUAUGACAUCUGUGCCCAAGCCCCCUGCGAACAGCAAUGCACGGAUAACUUCGGCCGAGUUCUGUGCACGUGUUACCCCGGGUACCGAUAUGACCGCGAGAGACACCAAAAGCGGGAGAAGCCGUACUGCCUGGAUAUCGACGAAUGCGCCACCAGCAACACCACCCUGUGUGCGCACAUCUGUAUCAACUCCAUGGGCAGCUACCGCUGUGCAUGCCGGGAGGGCUACAUCCUCGAGGACGAUGGAAGGACGUGCACCAGGGGAGACAAAUACCCCAACGACACAGGACAUGAGGAGAAGUCUGAGAAGGAGGUGAAAGCUGGGACUUGCUGUGCCACCUGCAAGGAGUUCUCCCAGAUGAAGCAGACGGUGCUGCAGCUGAAGCAGAAGAUCUCUCUGCUUCCCAACAAUGCUGCUGAACUGGGCAAGUAUGUCAAUGGUGACAAGGUGCUGGCUUCAAACACCUACCUUACAGGACCUCCUGGCCUGCCUGGGGGGCAGGGCCCGCCUGGCUCACCAGGACCCAAGGGCAGCCCUGGAUUUCCCGGUAUGCCAGGCCCUCCUGGACAGCCUGGCCCACGGGGCUCAAUGGGACCUAUGGGACCAUCCCCUGACCUGUCUCACAUUAAGCAAGGCCGGAGGGGCCCUGUGGGCCCACCAGGAGCACCAGGAAGACAUGGCUCCAAGGGGGAGAGAGGAGCACCUGGGCCCCCAGGGUCACCGGGGCCCCCAGGAUCUUUCGACUUCCUGCUGCUUGUGCUGGCUGACAUUCGAAAUGACAUCGCCGAGCUUCAGGACAAGGUGUUCGGGUACCGGACUCACUCUUCUACAGAGGACUUCCCCCUACCUCAGGAAUUUUCCAGCUACCCAGAGACUCUGGACUUUGGGUCCGGAGAUGAGUACUCCAGAAGAACUGAAGGGAGGGGCUCUGAGGCCCCAAGAAACUUUUAUCCAUAGCACAUCCUGUAUCUUCGUGCCACCAGAAGAGAAGCAUGCCUUCGGCCAGUCAUAGCAGCUAAAGAAAAAUACCACUGGAGGCCUAAAGCCUUUGUCUUUUCUGUCUUUCUGCCUUGUCCUUGCUGCUUCCAGGCCCUGUUUUCCAAGUAUCCUGCACAUCACACUAGCUACAGGAGGACGUGGUGGGUUAAUGUGCUGUUUUGGAAGAGCCAAUGGGUGGUUUUCAUCAGAACCUUCCUUGACAUCAUGGUUUUUCAAGAGCUUUUGGAUUUCUGAGUUAAUUGCUCCCAUGGAAUCUUAGUGCAAAAAGGGGGAAACUGUCAAAAUGGAUUCUUAUAAGCAUAAGGUUCCUUCUAAAAAGAAACUUGUGUUCGAAAUACUUCACUAUUCAUUCUCUACUGUCAGGAGGAAGGCUCUUCAGUUGGGGGUGAGAGGAGAAUGCAGAAUGAUGUUGGUAGAAGAUGAGUUUUCCUUAUCAACCUCACAGAUUUCAAAUUUUGCAUAUUAUAUAUACAUAUAUAUAUUUGGUUGCAGAAACAAGAGAAUAAAAAAGGAUGUGAGAAUGUGUUAGGAGAGAUAAAGAAUUAGCCUUUUAUUUCCUGUUAUAAGGGUUGCCACAAUUUAAAUUUUUAAAUAUGACAGUAAAGGAUUCAUGCAAAUCCUACUUGGAGACGGAAGUUCCUUUGGUUGUGGGGCUGAAUCAUGUUUUCUAAGGGCCCUGUACACUAAAACAGAGAGCUCCUGGUGGCCAGGAAGUUUGAAGACUUUGGUUAGAAGAGCUCCAUACAUGUCAGAUGAUUUGAUAACUAAGGUGCCUGGCCUUAAAGAAGUACCAAAUGCCCUGGCCCUGACCAGGUGGCCAGAUGUGCUGUCAGGCUCUGAUCCUUCUCAAUCAAGGCUAAAGGAAAGCUGCUGGCCUGGAAUCUUGGCCAAGGAGAAAAGGAGAAAAGACUUCACUUAAAGCUAGAUCACCAGCAGCUGACUAAUCUGCUCUAAGACAUUUGAAGUUCUUAUCAGAGCCAGCCUAGCUUACCAGCACGCUUCGAACAAUAAACAGAGCACAGGUCUCUGAGAUAGAAGAGGAGGGGGAUUUGCUUCUAACUUGGCAUAAUUUUCCACUGUUUUUCCCUGAGUUAGUUAAAGUCCCUGUUGUUGUAGGUCUCCUUAACCUUGUUCUCCUGUGAGGAAAGCACACAUCCCAUGCCUGCCUGAGUCUUUUCUUGGUGUACUUCUAGUUCCCCAGGGACUCAAGUUCCCAGAAGUGAGCAAGAGGCCAGGUUCCUUCUUGGUGUCUUUGGGGUCUCUUGUUCCUUAGUGAGCACCCUUUCCCUGGGCAUGCAGCUUGCUCCUUUGCAUUUUUUGACUGCCUCAGUCUUUCUCUUGAGCUUCCCAGGGGAUCUUGCUCACAUGAUCGCCCACACCAGGGUCUCUGUUGGCUAUCCCGCAGGGCCCCGUUGUAUUGCUAAGAGGUUUGUGUUUAUCUUUUCCCUAUAUCCUUUUAGACUCCAUCAUCUCCCCAUCCAUACUGUGACAACUUGUUGGAAGAAGCCGGAUAUUUGGUUUGCAUGACACUGCACUGCACUGUCCAUUUUUUCCUGAGCAAUGAGAAGGGGCUCUGUCUCGGGAGCUCAGGAGCAAUGAGAAGGGGCUCUGUCUCGGGAGCUCAGGAGCCCAGUGGUGUUUCGCUUUCUCUCCCCUGUUUUGCUUCCCCUCAUCCUUCUUUCCUGCCUCUCUUCCCUUCCUUCUCUUUUCUCUCCUUUUUUCUUUUCUUUUGUCCCUUCUCUGCUUCCUUCUUCCCUCGAUCCCUUUCCCUGCUUCUCUCCCUUUCUUUCUGUUCUCUCCUUUCCUUCCUUCCCUCCCUUCAUCUCUCUCUCCACUCUCCCUUCAAUUCCCUCUUUCUUCCUUUUCCUUUCUUCUUUCCUUCCCUCUCUCCCCCCCUCUCUCCCUCUCUUUCUCCCUGCCUGCCUGUCUUCCUAUCCUGUUAGAGAGGCAGGAUUCCCACCCAGUCUUGCCAAAUCCCCCAGUGGCUAUCCACCAGCAGUUCACAAUGAAGACAAACACACACUUGCCCUGCUUGCUUGCUGUCUCUUCCCCCUUCCCCCUCAGAGCCUGAGCAUCACUACAGAUGGCCUUGCCACCAUGGGUUCCUGAGGAGACAGAUGCAACCACAGUCAGGUCCCAUCUGGAAUCUAUUUAGUGCCUGCCUGUUUAUAGAACCCACCACCUAAAGGGUGUGGAUGGAUGAAUUCUCAAAACUAUGCAUAGGCUCUGUGAGCAAUGAUUAUGUCCAUCUUUUUAAUGAGGAAUUUUAUAACUACUUUUUAUGUCUACUUUUCCUAGGCAGUGAAAUGUGUGUGUAGAAACAUAGCCUUUAUUGCCAAAUGCUGGCAAAAUGCACGCAUACUCCACGCUUGGCUGGAGGCCAAGCCAAUGUAUUAAAGGAAUGAAGUGAAAGUCAUAAUAUCUGGGAUUCGCAAGUCUGUUCCAGAUAAUAUCUCCAGGAAAACAUACAAUAGCAAAAUACAAAUACAAAAAACAAAAUAGUGUUUUGUAACCUCAAUCUGCCAGAGCAUUGUCAAUUUAGAUAAUCAUUACUCCUCAGAUUUUCAAAACUUGGACUGCUAACUAACUAUACGACCAAAGUAUGUCCUCUACUUGUCCAAAUUAUAGUUUUUUAGUGAUAAGGCAUUGUUGCUCACAUAUCUUUCAGUUGUGGAUAGAAAAAUCAAAGCUUUACCAUCUAAACAAACUUCUGCUCAAAAUCCCAUGGGAAGGAUAGUUCAAAACAGAUUGACUGAGUCACUUCCUGUCUCAUGGGGAAAAUGUUUUGGUUUUUUUAUACCUUCUUCAACCCUAUAAUAGAAAUGUUCAUUUUUCUAAUAUCUCUACAACUAAGACUUGGUUAUAAAUUGCCUCUGCAUUUAUAAAACAAUGAGAAUAAAAAUUCACUGAAAAUAAAGUAAGGAAGACAUGCAUUUUUAGUUCAGGAAAACUGAAUUUCCCAGUUCCGGAUUCAUAUUUUCCAGAGGGAAAGAUAAUCAGCUUUCCUGUGCCAAAUAAGUGUUAGGAGCCAGGUGUACUGGUGUACAUCUGUAAUCCCAGCACCGGAGAAACAGGGAGAGGCAGGUCAGGAGUUCAGGGUCAACCUCAGCUACAUAACAAGUUUGAGGCCAGCCUGGGCUAUAUGAGAACCUAUCUCAAAAUAAUAAUGAUGAUAAUAAUAAUAAAUAAUAAUAAUUAGGAGGGGAUUGGAGA